AAAUUAGCAGGAGAAAAUUAAAAUAUAGGGCUGCGGUUACACAUGUAGUCUUAAAAUCCAAUAAACUUCUUCCUGUUCACCACGAAUAAAUCUGUAGUAUUUAAAACGAGCAAGACAUGCAAGAAACUGAGCUCAGUUUGUAAGAGGUAAUAAGCUUUUAAAACCACGAUGACCAUCAAAACACAUGCCGCUCUUCUAGCCAGCCCAGGUCUAGGACACUUAACUCCCACAGUCGAAUUAGGUAAACGUCUUACUACUCACCACGGUUUCCACGUUACCAUCUUCGUCGUCACAACCACCACCAAUUCCUCAGAAACAACAAAAUCACCUAUUCUUCAACAAACAUCCAACCUUAAUGGACUCGACAUCAUUUUUACACCUCCUGUCGAUGUCUCCGACAAACUUGACCCAAAAAACCCAUCCUUAGGUUUAAGGAUCACCUUAACUAUGCUUGAAUCCAUUCCUUUUAUUCGAUCUCAAAUCUUAUCCAUGAAGUUUCCACCGUCGGUUCUCAUCGUGGACCUCUUCGGUUUUAUGGCUUUACCCAUGGCACGUGAUCUAAACAUGUCUACCUACGUUUUCUUUGCCACCAACGCUUGGUUUUCUGCUGUUACCAUGUAUCUUCCUUUCAUCACUAAGGAAGCGUUUUCAAGGCACGCUAAUAAUCAUGAACCGCUUUUGAUUCCGGGUUGUGAACCGGUUCGGUUUGAAGAUACACUUGAAACGUUUGUUUCUCCUUGGGGGCCUAUUCACGACGGAUACGUUAACGCGGCAAGAGAUAUACUGUCCGUUGAUGGGAUUUUGAUGAACACGUGGAAGGAUCUGGAACCAGAAACUACUCAGGCAGUUAUUGAUAAUGAUAUUUUGGGACAGUUUGCAAAAGGACCGGUUUAUCCGGUUGGACCGCUUGUGAGAACGGUUGAACCGGUGGAGAAGAAGGAGGGAGAAAGUGAGAAUUUUAUUUUCAGUUGGCUUGACCGGCAACCGGCUGAGUCGGUGAUUUACCUGUCAUUCGGGAGUGGUGGGACCAUGUCGGAAGUUCAGAUGAUAGAGUUGGCUCACGGGUUAGAGCUGAGUCAGCAGAGGUUUGUUUGGGUGGUGCGGCAUCCCGUGCAAGGUGAUGCAUCUGCGGCGUUUUUCGACGCGACGAAGGGUGGUGAUGGAUCGAUGGUGGAAGAUUAUUUGCCGGAGGGGUUUGUGAGCAGGACGAAGGAUGUGGGGAUUGUUGUCCCCUUGUGGGCCCCACAGGCUGAGAUUUUGAAACAUCCUGCGACGGGUGGUUUCGUGACGCAUUGCGGUUGGAAUUCCGUGUUGGAGAGUAUCCUUAACAGUGUUCCGAUGGUUGCGUGGCCGCUUUAUGCAGAACAGAAGAUGAAUGCUACUAUGUUGUCUGAGGAGCUUGGGGUUGCGGUGCGGGCAACGGUGGCGGAGGGAGGGGUCGUUUUUAGGGAACAUAUAGCGGAGCUGAUUAGAAGAGUGAUGGUGGAUGAAGAAGGUAUAGCAAUGAGGGUUAAAGUUAAAGAGUAUAAGGUAAGUGGAGAGAAAGCUUUGUCUGGGUUUGGUUCUUCUUAUGAAUCGCUUUGUCAGAUGGCAAAAGAAUGUGAACUUGAUUAUGUCAAUCAUUCUGAUGAGGUGAAAGCUAGGGGUGCUUAGGCAAUAUUUUUUAUAGCUAAUUUGCUCUUUGAGUUUUCCUUCAUCAACUUAAUAGUAAGUUUUGUUUUCCUUUAAUAAUAUGCUAUCCUUAAUUAAAAUUAGGGGUGUUCAGAUCCAAUCCAAUCCAAAAAAAAAACCAAAAACCGAACCGAAAAAACCGAAAUCCAAAAAAACCGAUUUUUUUUUGAUGUAUUUGGAUCACCAUGUUGCAUAACCGAUCGGUUCGGUUCGGUUUACGGUUGACUUCAUGAAAACCGAACCGGUCCAAACCGAACCGGUAUUACUUCCAUUUACUCAUCCUAUUAAAUUAAUUAUGUUAGCCACCACUAAUUUCUCUAGAGAAUCUCAAUCACUUCUGUAGUUUCCCUAUUCAGAUUUUGAAUUAUACGCAAAAUUUGUCUAUCAAUGUUGCAGGCUGUGAUUUUGAAACUAUCAAUUAUGCUGUCAUUGAUAUUUUUCUUGAA